AGGAGGGCUUUAGACAAGCCUACAUGGGGCAGGAAAUCAGGAAAUGGGCAGAGAAGAGGGACAAUGACAUGGAGAUUACGUGAUCAGUUAACCCCCGCUGCUAGCUAGUCCCCCUUUGCGUUUGAUGACGCUUCUCAUAACUUCCUGCUACACGCACACACAAACACAAACACACACACACACACACACACACAGACACACACAAGCCCCGAAACAGGAACACACAUGCACUCCCUCUCUCAGUCAAACACGCGCCUUACCUCUGCGGAGUCAGCCUACAACCCCCUGCGCUCUCAAGUGCAAACAAACUACACCUCGCUAAAUUAGCUUUGCAAAUCGCCUUUUCUCUGCCAGGGGAUCACCAGUGUCACAGGCUGUGAACCAACGUGGAACCGGCUCCCGAACAGGUUUUUCCUCAGUUUCUUUCUCUCUUUCUGUGUCAUUUGCUCUUCCUCUCCCUCCCAUCGUUACCUCUCUCCUCAGGUAGUCACCCAAUCCAACUGCCGGCGACUCCCAGCCCUCACAGUGACUCAACGUGCGACUCACGGAGCAAAGAGGAGAUGACAUCAUCGACUGGCUGGCUGGCAAACAGCCACCAGAGAACCUCAGGCUUCACCUGACUGCCUUGGGCCUCCUGUUCUCUGACCUCGCCUGGUUAAUCUGUCAGUGUAAAGGAAGGACCCUUUUCACACCUGCGGAGAGCUCCUCACUGAAGCACUGGACCGGGAAAGCCUUUGAGGACAAGGCGACAGCGGCAUUGGGGUCGGAUACAGAGCGGCUUCAUCUGAAAGGAUUGAGUGUGGUGAAGGGAAGAGGUUCAGGCCGACUUGAUUAUCCUGAAGAACUAUUUUAUUUUUGACAGUUGGAGUUCUUCUCUGGCUCUCGUGUUUACGGAAGGCGCCGUCUCCAGAGACUCCAUUUUUGUGUCGGGGUUGCAGCACCAUGAUCUUCCCUAGCUGUUGAACAAGCCUUAUCAUGUCACAAAGGAUCCUAUCGGCUUUACAAGCAGCAGUCAGAGCGUAGCUUUUCCGAGCUGCCUGUUUGUGUGGGUGUCAAAAGAGUCUGGUUGUUACGCCAAAAGAAAGUGCUCCUCCUUGGCCAAACUGACAUGUUUGGAAAGGAAUGCUGUUGUGUCCACAUUCCCGGACCGCCCGCUGCUACUAAAGUACCGAUAAAACCUUUACGGGCCAACAAAACAUGUUUGCCGUAGUGCCUUACAAAUUUACGGAUUGAAGACGAGAUGCUCUUAGGAUUUACCUCUUUGUGAGAGCCAAACAUUGAUCGACAGACGAUUGGAGCAGGAAAUAAAGACAAAUACGUCCACAAACACUAACUUUUUUAAGUGUAUCACAACAAAGCUUGCCAAGAUGCCACUAAGGACCACUUUUCGGAAGCAGUAUUCAGGGAGAUGGAGAUUGAACUCAAAGCACCGGGAGGUGUUGUCCGUCAACAUGAUCAGCCUACCCUUGGCCGAUUUCCGGCACGUCUCCCACAUUGGAAACAACGCCCACACGGACAGCUUUGGGGACCUUUCCUUCUUAAAAAAGGGCCACAGCCUCCUCUUAAAAAGCUCUCAAAGUGAGCAGAACCUCUUUCUGGCCUGCUCGCCGCCCCCCAAGCCCCCUCGCCUCAACCUGGACGAGGAGGCCCCUGGGAACCCGGGGUGGGACGGGGCACGCCAUGCCCCGCAGAAGAGGAAGAAGUGCAGCUCUCUCCCCCUGCUGGACACCGAGGAGAUGGAGGAGGAGAUGGACGGCAUGAUGGAGUACCAGCACAGGGCCUCCAACCUGAGGCACAGUCCCAGCCGAGGCAGCCUGAGCUCAGAGCGCGACAGGGACUCCAGCGCCACCUGUUCGGAGGAUGUGGCCAGUCAGCUGAAGGAGGAGGAUAGCAGCCUCUCCUUCAGCCUGGAUCUUGGUCCUUCUAUCCUUGAUGAUGUUCUCCGGGUGAUGGAGAAUCUGCACCAUUGAUGGAGAGGACUAUUUCUUUAAUGUAUUUGUCCUAUCAGUGUGAUUCGAUGUCGCUGUACAAACUGAAUGUAUCGAUCUAAUAUUUUGGGAUAAUGUCAGAUUCUAAUAAUGGAAUGUUGUUUUUUUCCGAAUUUCAAGGUAAAGGACUUUAUGAACAAAAAGUCCACCGCACAGAAGUCGCUCUGGUUAUGGUAUAGAGUUUUGCCCUUCCAGAGCAGACUGUGGACAAUUUAUGUUACCCUAGGAUGAAUAAACCACAUGUUACAUGGCUGCAGCUUAGUGUAUGUGAAGCAAGCGUGCAAAGAAAAAGCAUUAACUUUAACGCAAGAAAUGGUGCAAAAGAAUGCAUACUUGUGGACCAACAACAUUGGUGGAACUAGUGUGAUCUUGUUUCGUAAAACCUAUAAUAAUCACCGGUUGUGAGAUUCGACUAGGUGCAACUGCCAAAUGCACAUCAGGUGUGGGGUUUCCCCGGGGGGGGGAGGGUCCAAGGGCCAGGCCCAGGCAGCAGAAACAAGUCUACACAAAACAGAGUCUGCGGUCUAUUUGUUGUCGUUGUCUGUGAUCCUUUGAAUUGUUCAAACAUAAACCCAAUCACCCGUGGAGACGUGAGCUCAAACAAAUAAUAAAAAGUUAAUGUUCUUCUAACAUAACCCGCUACGGCGGAAGAGGCUGUUAAUAGGUGAGCUCCUUUAUUCAUCACCUCCAGCCCGUCUGCACAGAGACAAGAUGAUUGUUGUCACUCCAGGCUGUCAUUUUUAGGUAACCGUAGGAAGCAUGCGGACGGAACGCGAGUCCCACGAGUGAUGUAUUUUUCUCUCGGCGUCCUUGCCAUUCCAACGUGUGCCUGGGGCAAUUACUUCUCUGCACGCACCCCAGAGGCCCCACUCAAAGGUAGACCAAGGUACCCCCCCCCCAGUUUCCAACCUCAACAACACAGUGAAAACAAACAUUUACCUCUGCUUUCAAUAAAAGGCAGCUGCUGGUGGCAGCUCGGGCCUCAACCCAAACCAGGCCUCAGGCCCAAGACCUGAGGCAAAAAGAAAAAUAUCAAGAAGGCUGUUUUCUUAGCUGUGAGUCGGUGUCCCAUGCUCUUGUGAGUGGCACGAGAGAGGGAAAGUGGUAAGGGGUAAUGCGAUACUUCCACAUGUGCAGGGGGCCGUGGUGGGAGGGAGACCAGAGACAUCCAUUGCUACAAGCAGGAUCUCUGAUGAGGGAUUAAACACUACCUGCUGAACAAACACCACCAAAAUAAAAAAAAGGAUGGAUUCACGCACGCACAUGUGAAAGGACGGGCAUUCAGAGGCCCUUUUGCCUUAUCGACACCCGACGUGCAGACUUUUCAGUCGAUUCAGGUGCAGAAUCGGCCAGACCCUUAGCACAGACAGUGAUGGAGACUGUUCCCGAGGAGCUGUCACGACAGCCGCAUGCAGUGUUAGUUCCCUCCUGGGGUCUUGUCGAAAGACCCACCCCCAGUGGUGUGCCCCCCUGAUGGAGGUCAAGUGACAGACUUGGAUUUGAUGCAAAACCCAAUGGACACACUUGUUGGUGUGUUUGUACUUUACAUCUCUCUAUCGCUCCAUGAACCGAAUUCUGCUUGUUGUACUUUUUUCUUUUACCCAUAACCCGUUGGGAACAUUCCUGCAUUUGAAUCUGUACCACUUUUAUAUUUUUGAAAAUAAAGAAAACAAUCUUUCGAAUUCCAAGAUAUGUGGUUUUGGGGAAGGAGCUGUUUUGAACAAUA